AUGGAAAAUAUUGUGGCUGAUUUUGUAGUUGUUGGAGGUGGUACUGCUGGAUGCAUACUAGCUGCAAGGCUAGCUGAACAUGGCCUUGAAACUCUGCUAUUAUCUAGUGGUUCAGAUGAUACGUCAAACCCAUUGAUGAACCAGAAAUCACAGUUUUUAUCACUUUUAAAAGCUACUCAUUUCAAACAUUAUCUACCUCAUAUGCCAUUACCAAAUCUGAAUAAUCGAACAUUGAAUCUUAUCGUUUGGAAUAGUCUUGGAGGAAAUAGCAUAAACUGGGGUGGGCUAGAGCGAUUGACAGAAACCGAGUGUAAUUUGCUUGUUAACGCAAGUGGUGAUCCAUCAUUUUCCGUCGAACAUAUGUUAACAUAUUAUAAAAUGGUUGAAAACUUUACAACAACAGCACCAUUUUCACUCGCUGGAUUUCACGGUAAUAAUGGCCCAAUACAAAUAACACAUAUUAAUGAGCCUGGAUUCAGUGAUGUAUGGAAGAAGGUCGCUGAUGAACUCGGUGAAGCUUUCAGCGAUGAUCUUGUAGGUGCUAUUGAUUACGGUUUUUCCUUUGAGCCAUCAUCGUUCAAAAAUGGACUAAGAAGCUUCAGUGCUAACGAAUAUUUAAUUCCUGCUUUGAAUAAAUAUUCGAACCUUACUCUAAUAACAGGCGCGACCGUAACCAAAUUCGAAGUGAAUGCAAUAACUAAGCAAAUUGACAAUCUCUUAUUCGUCUCCUCAAAUGGAUGUUUUCGCGCUAUUGCUCGAAAAGAAUACAUUUUGUCUGCUGGUGCAUUUUUCAGUCCUCAUUUACUUAUGUUGUCGGGCAUUGGCGAUCCGGAUGUUCUUGAACAAAAUAAUAUACCUGUAAAGCAUAUUUUAAGACAGGUUGGGAAAAAUUUGACCGACAAUGGCUUUAUCGAACUGGAAUAUGAGGCAAAAGACUUUGUCAUUGGUCAAUGUAUACCGGUUGCUUUGAUCAAUACCCGAAAGCGAACGACCACAAUGAAUCCUGAUUUGUUUUUCGUUCUAAACAUGCAUCAGGCAGUGGGAAAACUGCAUGUAUCCAUCUUCAAUGCUUCGCCAAGAUCACCCAGCGGGUCUAUUUCAUUAUAUAGUUCCAAUCCACUUGUACCCCCAAAGGUAACUUUAAAUUACCUUGAUGAUCAAAAAGACAUUGAAACAUUUAUUGAUGGUAUCAAUUAUGUACGACGAAUGAUGUCGACAAAUGCUAUGAAACACUUUGCUCAAGUAAUCGAGACUUUGCCAGGAAAAGAGACGAACUUGCACAUGUAUAUUCGAGACAAAUUAUUACCCUCUGGUCAUUUUGUCGGUACAUGCUCGAUGGGACAAGAUCCACAGACAUCAGUGGUCGAUAAAGAUUUCAAAGUACAUGGAAUCAACAAUCUUCGCGUGGUCGACGCAUCAGUAUUUCCCGCAGGUUUUGUUUCAAAAAAAGGUCCUUGUUUAACCGUCUAUGCUUUAGCAGAAAAGGCAGUGAAUCUCUUGAAACAACAGUAUUUGUGA